AUGGAGUUUUCUUCAGUACUACGCUGCUUCCUGCCUGAUUUUACCUGGCCAAACCACGUCUCACAUACAGUGUCUGGCCAAAUCCCCGAAACCCCCCGCGCGACGCACCCUCAGGUACGCCGGUUAUGGGGCAUUUUCCACAAAUAUCUGAGACGGUUCUCUCGAUCUUAUUGUAGCUGGGUUGGGGCUACCUACGAUAACCAGAUCGCUCAGCUUCCAUUUGGGCUGAUCCUGAAGUGGUCGGAUGGCACUCGGUUGGAAGAAGUCUUGACCAUGCAGGUUGCCAGAAGGGCAGGCCUCCCAGUUCCGAGGGUGAUCUGCUAUGGGGAGCAUCCAGAUAGUCCGCAUGCUCCAGUAUCGAUUCUGAUGACUCGUAUCCCCGGCGAUGAACUUGGCAGAGUUUACGAAACGCUCAGCGACGCUGAACGAGAUUCAAUCCAAUCGCAAUUAAAAGGGUAUUUGGAAGCGAUGCGGCGGGGGAAAAGUCCGUGGGGGGAGAACCGAGUUUGCUCUUUGUUGGGCACAGCGAUCAGGAAUGUCCGCAUACCCAAUCAUCUCGCGGGCCCUUUCGAGUCGGAACAGGAGUUCAACGAGUACCUCCUGAGCCCUGCCUGGUCGGGCGGAUUCCCAUCGGAAACGGAAUACCACAAUGCACUUGAUCGUGCCAAAAGAAUAGAUUCGAUGUCUCAUCGUGUUGUUUUCACGCACGGCGACCUCAAACAUCAUAACAUCCUCGUGCGUAAUGGACAGGUUACAGGUUUUUUGGAUUGGGAGUCGGCAGGCUGGUGUCCUGAGUAUUGGGACUUCACCACAGCACUCAGGUUCACCCAGGAAGAUUUCUGGUGGUAUAACUUCAUUGGUCGGUACAUGGCGGAACUGGACUGUGAACACGCGUUAACUUCUUUAACAAGCUCUUCGUAUUACUGGUGA